GGGUGCAACCGUGAUACCUUUUAGAACGAAGCAAAUAUACUGUAUCAAAGUAUGGCGGAUAAAAAUUGAUAGAGCAAAAAAAAAAAUUAAAUAUUCGUCCUUCGAGAGGUUACACAUUUUUAAAAGCAGAGAAUAUAAAUAUGUAUGUAUUUGUCUGGCCCUUAUAUUGUCUGGUCCGUCCAUGACUCGCUCUUUCUAUUUAUCCCAGUACCUUCUGUAUCGAUAGGGACUCGAACGCAAGUAGAGGUACCUAGCUAUGGUCAGACAGAUACUUGACGCUAAGAUCGUCGAUGGUGAGAGCAUCUACGGAUACGUGGCGUAUAAAAUUGAUAGAAUACGCGAUUGUCAAGGAGGUUGCUCCCUCGGCGUAUACACCACUGUCCCCCGUCGUAGUUCAGUUUCGUGUUCGUAGCUUCUUCUCUGUUUAAACGCGGCUCUCCUCUGUCGCAACUUCCCUUGAUCUUUCCCUUUGUCGUGGCUCUCUGUGUUUGCAGUUCUACCUGCCUCUCUUAAUUCGUGUUGCCUCUAGCUUUCCCUUCUGUAUGAUAUCCUAUCCUCGUUUCAACCGCGUCCUCCAGCCUCGCAUUCGUGGCUCGACGUCCUCCAUUCUCUCCUCCCUUUGCUUCAGGAUUAUCCAACGUCCGUUCCACCGUUUUCCACGUUGUAUCUCCAUUCCUUUGCGCGGUAUUCCACGACCUUUAUCGCGUUUCAUUUUACAGACGAUGCUUCUACGCUUUAUUCUCUGAACGAGAAAUUUUAAACGCGACUGCAGGGGUUGCUAGAAGAGAGGAGAUUUCUUGGAGAGGAGGUUUCAAGGUGUAGGGAACGAGACGCUUCGGAGAUAAAAUAUAUUUGUUGAUCUGGAAUAGGGGUGAUAGAGUUUGGAAAAAGUUCGUUUCUUUCAAGGUGAAUGAAUUCUGCCAGCCCGGAUAAAAAUUGCACAGAAAUAAAGAACAAGCUGCUAUUCGCUGAAAUAAAAAAGGUAUUUAGUAUUAUACAUACGUAGAACGGUCCACGAGGAGCAAACCUCGGCUCCCUAAGAAAACGGCGAUCGUGCAAUUUAUUCAUUGCAAUGAAUUGAUCAUGAUUCGGUUAAGCUGUCCGUUUAAUUCAAACGCGUUUAGAGCAUUUUCGUUUAUUUUUCCUUGGUCGUAGGGUUCCAUAAUUUUUCCCAUUUGUCUCUACCGCGAUUCGUCGCUCACCCUCGCUCCUCUCCAAGCUCACCUCCCUUCGGCAGCUUCUAUCUUUAUCUCUCUCCCUCUGCGGCACGACCCCCUGGCAAGGUGGCGGUCCAGCGCGCAGAUCGUGUCAGCCGUACGGGAUGCUGAGUCUGAAAUAGAUUCAGUCGUACGCCUGGCUCCCUCCUGUCGUCGUCUGUUCGCGCACGGUCGUCGUUAAAAGCCUCUCCGCGUGUCGUCGAUUUUCUUCUCUCAUCGUCGCGACUCCAUUGUGCCGACGAUACCCCGUCCCGUGUUCCUGGUUCGGGAAAAGAGGGCCAGGCAACCUAGAAGUCCGAGGCAAGAUCUCGUUCUCGAGGUCCCUUCGCGGAAAUCGAAGCUAGGCUAUGGGAAUACUCCCGUGAGAGGCGUGUUCCGGGAUAGCCGAAAGAAAAAGAGCGGCCUCGAUACGAAUUAAUAAUGCAGUGCGAGAGGAGCGCGGAGGAUCGGCUGAACUUUACGGGAGCACAAGGUUGUCCCAAGAGAGGAGAAAAGUAAAGCAACGAUGGGGGUGUACGUGUUGGGAGUGGUCGGCGUGUUCUACGUGGCUGUGCUGGGUGUCGGCAUUUGGGCUGCCGUCGUCAAGGAGAAAAAAUCUCAACAAGGCCAGGAUGCCAUGAUGCUGGCGAAUCGUGGCCUCGGCCCGCUUCUUGGUCUCCUCACUCUAAUUGCCACGUGGGUAGGGGGCGCCUACGUGAACGGGACCGCGGAAGCCAUGUACACAAGAGGAUUGGCCUGGUGUCAAGUGCCCUUUGGUUACAGCCUCAGUCUGCUGUUUGGUGCGGUGCUGUUCGUGAGACCAAUGAGGAAGGCCGAGCACGUGACCAUGUUGGACCCGUUUCAAGAGAGAUACGGCGCGGGAGUCGGCGGUUUACUAUUUCUUCCUGCUCUUUGCGGCGAUCUGUUCUGGUGCGCCGCCCUCCUGAGGGCUCUGGGUAGCUCAUUGGCCGUCGUCGUUGAGGUUGAUCCGAACGUCAGCGUUUGUGUGUCCGCACUGCUGGCUGGCGUGUACACCAUGUUCGGUGGCUUAUAUUCGGUCGCUUGGACGGACGCUCUGCAGCUAGGCUCCAUCAUAAUCGGCUUAGGAGUGGCCGCGCCCUUUUCCCUUCUGCACCCAGCCGUCUCUUUCGAGAAGAAUUUAGCGCCCCGCGAGUGGCUUGGGGAAAUAAGGAACGAAGACCUGGGCGAAUGGGUCGACGGCAUGCUGUUGCUGGUAUUCGGCGGAAUACCUUGGCAGGCCUACUUCCAACGAAUCCUGAGCAUGAAGAGCACAUCAGUGGCGACGACGAUAUCGAUAGCAUCGAUGUUCGGAUGCAUGAUCCUCGCUUUUCCAUCGGCGUUGAUCGGCGUGGUGGCUCGUGCAACGGACUGGUCAUUGAUCGACGGAUUCAACAUGAGCUUGCUGCUGAACGAUGGGAACUCGGCGUUGCCAAUGGUCCUUCGAUAUCUGACACCUCAGUGGGUCACUUUUUUGGGUCUGGGAGCCAUUUCCUCGGCGGUAAUAUCGUCAGCAGAUUCAGGCAUACUAGCCAGCAGUUCAAUGUUCUCCAGGAACGUCUACAAGCUCACCCUGAGACCAAAGGCUACCGAAAGGGAACUGGGCUGGAUCCUCAGGAUCUCUGUGAUCGUGUUCAUCGGAUUGUCGACCGCCAUCGCGCUCACGGUGGAAAGCGUUUAUUAUCUGUCCUACUUAUGCUCGGAUCUUAUCUAUGUGGUGCUUUUCCCGCAAUUGUUGACGGUGGUCCACUGGCCCUCCCUGGUCGACACUUACGGCUGCCUCGCGGGUUACUUUGUGGCUGUUGUCUUGCGCCUUUGCGGAGGAGAAAGGGGCUUAGGCGUGCCAGCGUUGAUAGAGUACCCCUUCUACGACACGGAAACCCAAACCCAAAAGUUCCCUUUUCGCACGGGCGCCAUGCUGGCAGCUCUCUUCACGCAGCUCAUUACCAGUUUCUUCACCAGAAAUCUCCUAGGAAAGGGUUUCUUCCCGAGAUGCUGCGACGUCCUCAGCGUCUACUCGCCAGGAAAGUCCAAGGAUCAGUCGGGGGUCGUGCAGAGCAGUUCUGGCGCCGCCUUGAUGGAGACCUCCUCCGUUAACAAAUCGACAUCAGGGAUGGACUCCUGCGACGGCGUCGGUCCUGCGAGCUACGAGGACGACCGAACGACCACCAACUCCGUCGAGGACAUGAAUGACCGCGUGGAUGGUGGUACCGUAGCCGGUGACCCUUACGAAAAGGAGACUCAGAGGAUCAACAACGCGGGGACUCCCGUUCAGAAGCCGAACCAGACCCUUCAACAUCUCCAGACCCUUCGAAACUCGGUGCACAUCGGCACAAUGAGGCCCAUCCCCACCCCCACUCACUACACCUCCAUGCAGAGCAACGAGAUGGCCAGAGGUCAAAUUCUAGGAGUACGAAACCUGCGGGGCUCCAUGAUGCUGCCAACCACGCCGAUCAUCCCCUCGAGCAACAGCAUAGUCGUUCCCAUGAGCUCGACUGCGACCACCCCCCUGACACCUGGGCCUCAUUACACCAGGUCCAGCGAGAUGUCGAUGAGCGUGGAUAAAGCCAGAGACAUAGACAGGAUCGGAAUGGUGGAAAGGAGCAACGCGGAGUUCCAAAACACCCCGGACACCAUGCUGACAACUAUAGGAGCGAAGAAGAACGUGAAGGGGGUGAAGUUGGUUGGUAUGGAGGGUGGGACCCUGCGAAGACCGUCGUUACAGGGCACUUUCUCACCUACACCGUCGGUGGAGCUCGUUCACAUUCUGGAUAGAAGACAGAGCAGCGGUUCCUACGGGCCUGGAUCUCUGUCCCCCGUUCCCAUGGGAGUGGAGGCCUGUAAGACGCACGGGACUGCGUUGGAAGGACAGACUGGGAACGAACACUGCAGGAUCAAGAGAGGCAUCGUCAGGCAUCACAGCUUCAACGACACGGGAGACCGAGCCCUAACGACCCUGGCCAGGCAGCCGACCUACCCCUCCAUGCCUUUGCGCCCCGAAGACUGUCGUAUGACCCUGGCCAAGAGGGACAGGAGGACAUCGACGAUCGUUCGUCACGGUUCCGUGACCAACGAGAAAGAGCUCAGCGGUUGCACGAGCGGACUGGUCGUCUGCAGUCCAACUUACAACAUGUACAGCUCCGCUGUUAAGAAUUCAAACUACUUCGUCACGGACGACGAGGCAGUGAGCAGGUUUUGAGAACGCUAGGACGUUCGAGGACCGCCACCAACCAAAGACAAUCGAAGCCCGCCUGAUCAGUUACGACUCCGACCCAUUUUUAUUACGAUCUGAACCAUCGUACAAUUCUACUUAAUAACUAACCUUUUUAUCACGUGCUAGGCUUACCUAAUUUUUUAAAUAAAAAUAAUGGGACAUCUGUAAUCAUCCAAGGAUAUACUCGCGACGAUGCUCAUGAUUUCGAACGAGAUCGGAAUUGUUGUUAGGAAAGGUUGCCGUAGAGUUUACAGAGUGUCGUCCUGUUUGCGGUGCUAGCGAAGUGGCAACUGGAAGAUCCUACGAAGGCGCGCGAAGGCAUUUUCCGCAAUUGGUCGGGAUUAGUAGUUUUCAGAGCACUUGUUAAGGAACGUGUACAAAUUUAGAGGGAAUUGGAAGGAUUGUUUCAAGUUACUUGUUGGGGGACUUAAUGUUGUUGGGUGGGAGCAGAUUCGGAAAUGAUUCGCAGAGAUUAACGGUCCAAGGACUUGCAAAGAGUUUUCGUAGCCGAAGAGCUAUCGGUCUAUCGGUGCUCGAAAUUUACGUGCAACCGCAAACAGUUUGACUACGAUCGUUUUUACUGGCAGAGGGCCCAUUUCGUUUGACUUUUCAAGACGAUUUACCAGCGAAAACCCUCGAUCAACUAAUCGACCUCUUCGUACCCACAUCUGGAUGCAUUAUUUAUUUUUUCUUUUAAUGCUGUCAAAAGAUUCGAGUCUAACGAGUCACGAUCAUGUAUUUAAUUGUAGCGUUGAGCUGUUAUUUAAAAAGAAGAUGAUAUCGAUUGAAAUCUGAAGCAAUACAGACGUAUAUCAUAGAUAAUUAUCACGGAAGAUAUCCUAUAACGUUUAUCCCAAAAGGGCUGUUAAUGUUCCGAACUCGGUACGAAAUACGAAUACGUCUGUGAUUAAUAAAAGUUAAUUCGUAAAAUGCAAACUCGCAGCUGAUUAAAAAGUUGCUCGAAAUUGACAGCGUGGGUACGAAAGGGUCGAAAACCUACGAUUAAGGUAGCAUAAGACUUUGGUUAGUCGACGAUUGGAAACUCACAGGCAUUACACGGACGUUUUAGAUGACGGAAUCUUAGCGUCUAAAAUAACCAAAGUCGAUUAUCAGCAUUCGCUGUAACAUCCCACUCGUGAACCCCGACAAAAACACGUUUCAAAAGAUGACUUUCGGAGCGUUCAUUCGGUCGUCGCCGUUUUCCACUGCGGUACUUGCUUCACUCAGGAAAAUCACUUGACUCGGCAGUGUUAGGUAAGCGCAAAAGUCUUUGGGAAAUCGUUUGUAUCUCGUCGCUAUACGCGCACAAUUACGGAUCUUCCCAAUCGCACACGUUUUUUAAUCCCACGGAUUCGAUCUAAGAACAAUCAAUUUUCAACGGCACGUUUCAAAGCACAAAACUGUGAACGGAGUUUUUAGGAACGAGUGACGCGUUAUCAGACACCUAAUCUUCGAAUCGCAAUAAUAGUCUUACAGAGGCCGUCGAUAACGCGCGUUCUGUAGCUCACAGCGAGACCAAGGCUGUACUCUUUUCAGAAAUUAAUUACUUUCAACGAAACAAGUAGAACGGUUAGAAACUUUCAGAGUGAUUUCAUUUUGGUUAAUCGACACGAAUCAUUUCUUAAGGAAACGGAAUAUAAUUUAAAAUGCGCGACACCUACUAUCACGUAACGAUGAAAAAGGUUUUUAAAUAACUUUCAUACCCGAUAAGACGGAGAUGGGCAGCUGGACUUCCUCGCGGGCCUCCAGAGGUCGUGACACGUGACGUCAUAGUAAGCGUGAGGUGAGGGAGGAGACGGAGAGGAAAACUGACACACCCAUGCGUAUGACGUCAUUCGCGCCACGAUGCCGCACCCAGUACUUCCAUUGUGACGUCACAUUGAUUACUUUAUCGCAGUUCGUUGCGUGUCCCGUAAACAAUGGACUUGGUUAUAGUUUUAAAAAGGGUACAGCCUCGAUCGCUCGUUAGUUUCCCUGUUCAGACUGACUUGUCGCUUGUCGCGGACCCAACAAACCCGUUCGGAAAGUAAUCAAUUAAUUUUUGUACAAAUUACGAGCGGACGUCAUCUUUUGCGUGACUCUGUGUAGAUAGAACUUUUGAGAUUCGAGGAUAAGAUAGGGGACCUUUGGCCAGUUCGUCGUGUAACCGUUAAUGGUAUCGUUAAAGGGCACGAUAAGCACUAGAAUAAUUACGUACGAGGUAGAUUAGGUGAUUAGGCGACGUAAAAUGAUGAGAAUGGUGCACCAGCACAUAUAAUGUCCAGUUCGGAAGGGAGAUGAUGCAGCUGUGAGAUAGAAACAGCAGCAACAGCAGCAGCAUGAGCUUCGCUACUCGGAGCCAUUUUAGUUUCGUUUCCGGUGCGAAGAAAAAUUUGUAGAUUCCGUUUUCUCUCAUCCAACUUUUCGAGUAUUACAAGCUUCUUCUUGGUUUUCUUGGGGGAAAUACUUUUACAAAUAAUUCGGACCUUUGAAUUUCUAGGUUUCUUCAUUUUUACAUUUCCACAGUUCCAAACGUCUUGGUCUCCAGAUUUCUACGUUUCUGGAUUUCCUUACAUUUCAACGAAGAAAUUUUUCUUUCCGCCGGAAACGCGCGAGGAGAAGGGUCAAGGGUUUCCGUCGCUCAACCAACAUUUUCAUACUCGCGAGGGAAGGUGAAGCUGCUGGAUAUAGAACGUCCAAUGUAUUACGUGCAAAUUUAUGAUAUUCCGACAACAAAGUACGAUAUUUUUCCACCGAUAAUACGUCUAGUUCGUAGGAUUACUGUAAAAGUAGUGUACGUAUAUACGGAGGUCUCUAAAUGAAUCAAUGUAACGAUAGUAAUAAUAAUCGUGAGUACCUCCGUCGGCUCAAUACCAAGAGACAAAGAAUCUUAGAGUAAACGGACGCCCACCCUUGCAGUCCUUCGCACGACAAGUCGGAAUAAAAUGAACUGGUUGCUCGAGGACACCACAUUUCAACGAUAGACUCUUAGAUUUUUAUUAAAAAAAAAAAAAAAAAAAAGAAAGAAAACAAGAAAACUUAAAA